AUGGAAAAGGAAGAGCAUGCUGCCACGCCAACAGCACGCCUUUAUCGGCCUUCCAUUUUCGAAAAGAGCAAAAACAACCAUCCCAACAUGAGUAGUACGGGUAAGGGCAUCCCGCCUGACGGUUGCUCUCAUAAGAAGUCCGGAAGUUUGGUGAGAAAUUCCGCCCGUGCGGAAGAGGAGGCCUUUUUUGAAUCCUCCCUUUCCUCCUUUUAUUCACCCGACAACGAGGAGGGGGGAAAAGAAGCGUCAGCAGCACCAGCAGAAGAGGGCAAGGGAAAGGAGAGCAAGACAGUCAUCACGACCUCGAAAAGGAGUUCAGUUUGCCCACAGAGCCCCACACAGGUGACGUGGCGGGAGGAAUUUGUUUCAUCCUUUACGGAAAAAUUUGGCUUCUUCCCGCUCGAGCACUGCUCCGUUGAUUUUAUGGGGAACAGCAUGGACAACACAAGGGUUGGUGCCACGGUGGAUGUAGACUCACAGGAUGGUCCACAAAAAACUCCAAAAACUCAACACGAACUAGGGCCGCGGGAGCGAGAAUAUCGUGCCCGCACCCUUCAGGACGACGCCGGUUUAUUGAAGAGGGUGUUCGUCCAGCCAUUUAAGCGAUCAUCUCAGCGGUCGUCAUUAUUCAAGUUUUCGGCAACCCGGCAACCUAAACGUGGAGUAAAAAAUAUGUUUUUGGUAGAAGAUCUGCAAGUUGUUCCCGAGCGAAAGAGCCAGGAUGUAUCAUCUCCUCACGCAAGCAACUUUGGAACAACUCCACCUUCUUUUAUUCACUACGGCAGCGUUCCUCGGCAACGUCGAUUUGCCGUUGCACCUCAUUUGGCGUCGCCUUCACCAGUGAUGCCAACGCGGGCAACGGAAGAAAAUACGGGGCUCUUCCCGUCUUUUAACGCUUCGACAGAAGUGUACGCAUGCUCGCCAUCGCCAUGCUCAUCAGGAACUCGCAAAGGAGUUUUCUCCCUCAGUAGGGAGCUGACGUCGCUACAAAACGCCUUAUCGGAACUGCUGGAGCGACUAAAGGACAUAAAGCCAAUGGAAGUGGAAAGGCGUUGGUGCUCACAAUCUCGACAGGCGGCAGGAGGGAUGUUUUCGCAAAAGACCUCCGAGUGCCGAGAGGAUGAAACUUGCAAGGUCGACAGCGUUGCGGCGCUUCGAGACUUGGUGGGGCGAAUAGAGGGUGAAUUUAUGAGCCUAAAAUCACAAAUUUCUGCGCUGUGA